AUGGACCUAGAGGCGGCGGCGACGGCGCACUUCGAGGGAACGCUGGAGCGGCGGGUGGAGACGUUUGAGCGAGAGCGAUCGAACGCGGCGGCGGACGUGGGAGACGACGCGAUGGUGAUCAGUGAUGGAGAGGGUGGUGGAUGUGGAGGACGAGGGGAGAGCGGUUCGGGAGGUUGGCGCGCGCGGGAUGAUGAUUCGGAGGAGGAGUGGCGGGAGUCGGGCGACGAGUCGCCGAUCGAUUUGAUCGGCGAAGACGACGAGGACCCGGAUGAGGUGAACGCGCGGAUGAUGCGUGAAAUCUUAGCCGCGAGGGAGCGACGGGAGAGACGAUCGACGCGUGCGAGGAUAGGUCUCGGGAUGAGCGCGUUCGAGGCGCGAGAUGGAGGGGCCGACGCGCGCGGCGGCGACGCCGACGCGAUGGUCGAUUUACCAGACGGCAUCGAUCGCGAAGAGGCGAGAAUGCUCGAGGCGGCGAUGUUGGGGAUCGCGUACGUCCCACCGGCGAAUCGCGUCGUUGAUUAUGGAUAUAGCGCACCCGCGCCGGACCACGUGUUAGACGCGAGGAACAUCACCAGCGAAACGGAUCUCGCGUAUCAAGAAUCGCUACGCGCCGACCAAGAGAAGGAAGCCGUGAGACGCGCGGAGGAAGUGGCGAGGGAGAUGAUGGAGGCCGAAAAGGCUGAAGCCGAAGCGCGAGCAAAGGCUGAGCGUGAAGCGGAAGAAGCGGCUCGGGCUAAGCUCGCUUCCGAGGCCGCAGACGCAUUGCCGGACGAGCCGAGUGCCGAGGCGGCGGACGCGGUGAACAUAGCGUUCCGUCUUCCAGACGGAUCGCGCGUAAUGCGUCGAUUUUCAUCCUCGCACAACGUCAGGACGCUUUUCUCUUUCAUCGAUGGUUACGAGAAACUCCACGAUGAGAGCUCUCGCUUGGCCGUGGAGCCGGGGACGUACAGAUUUAUCGCGCAGCAUCCUCGUCGCGUGAUUGAAGCCGCGAACGACAGCACUAUUGAGCAAGUCGGGUUGACACACAAGCAAGAGGCUCUGAUGGUUGAUUUACUGUAA